GAGAGUGCCAGUAGAGCUGUAGCUGUGGUGGUGAGAGGUAGUGUUGCUUGUCGCACCUCGGAAACAGUGUCAGCCUCUUCCCUAUAACACUUUCCUCUCUCAUGACAACCAGACGAUUUCUGAGGAUUAUUUACCUGGCUUUGGAUACUUAAGGAAGGCAAUACGUCAUAAGAAUUACAACAUUUGAAGCAGGUGAUGAUGGCGUGUGUAUGGGCGUGGGCGGGGCUAGCCACAUUCCUCACCCUCAUACUUCUCGUCACUCCAGGUGUGGCUGUGCAGUGCUUCCUGUGUAGCUUCUCACCUCGCAGCAACAGCACCAGGAUUGACGGCUGUACAGAUAAUAACUUCACCAGAGAACAUAUAGAAUCUCGCUCCUGUCGCCUCGGCUGUGAGUCUGUGACAGUCUACGACCUCAAUGGUGAAUGGGAAAGUUUUCAUCGCAACUGUGCAACCAACGACACCAUUAUGACCAACUCCUGUGAGACCUACAAGACCAUCAUCCUAACACGGAAAGUGUGUUCCUGUGACUGGUCAUACUGCAACACAGCCCAGGAUAACAUCUACACAUUCCGGCCGCUGCUGUUGGUGGCUCUGGCAUCCACAGUCGCGAGUCUGCAAGUUUUGCAGAAGCUGCAUGCCGUAUGAGGAAUGCUGUAAGCCUCUGUAAUUCCUGUUACCGUCAGUCCUUAAGCCAUCUUCAAGGAAACUUGCGCUGGGUCUCCUAGCCGAGAAAGAUGAUUAUAACUUCUGGCCAGUAAGGAAGAUGCUGUGAUUUUAAUUCAGUGAUUUGAUUUAGAAUAAGAAAUAGUGAAGCAGAGUAAAGACAAAGGGCGUCGUUUUAAAUGUAAAUGUGAUGGGUGGUGGCAAAGAUGGCAAUGAGUAAGGUACUGUACGGAUUCGUCACAGUAAGGGGUGAGUACACACACCACCUGCUUCGUCACAGUUGACGGGGUGAAUACACACACCACCUGCUUCGUCACAGUUGACGGGGUGAAUACACACAUCACCUACUUUGUCACAGUUGACAGGAUGAAUACACACACCACCUGCUUCGUCACAGUUGACAGGGUGAAUACACACACCACCUGCUUCGUCACAGUUGACAGGGUGAAUACAUACACCACCUGCUUCGUCACAAUUGACGGGGUGAAUACACACAUGACCUGCUUCGCCACAGCUGACGAGGUGAAUCAUUCGCCAACUUCUGUUGCCACCAUCUCAACUUGCCAUGAACAUGAUCCACAACGUUAGCAUUUACAAUGCAUCUGAUUCUCUCUGAUAUUUAGAGAGUGUCCUGCAUGUAGCCUUUCUGAACAAGGAAGAAUUUACAAUAUUUUACAUUAACAUUCUUAUCGGGAAGUCAUGAUGGUGUGAACUAACACACCGAGAAGCCUCACUGUCGUCUUUGAUCUGAAGCAGAAUCUUUUAAAUUUGUGCUGAUAUGAAGAAGAAUCUUAUAUAUUUGUGUUUUAAUUUGGAUUUUUUUUUUAGAAUAAGGACACCAUACCCAGUCAUAAUUGAUAAGUAUCAAUAAUGAACUAAGGUGACAUGGACCACGUCUUAUUCAGCUCUGGGUAUGAUCCAGUGUUUAUAGGCAAGACAGUAAUGGGUCGCAACAGGUGCUGCAGUAAAUAUUUUUUAAAUCAAAUUCCAAGAAGUGAACUAUACAAACGGCUUAUCGCCAGUAAUUAUGUUGACAAACACAGAAGUGUGAAAAAAUAAGCCUUUAUUUGAACAACGUUUCGCUCUAUGUUAAACGAGACAUUUUUUUUUUUAUGACGUAGCUUUAUCCAUAAAUAGAGGACCCAGGUCCUGCCACUUCGACAGCCCAGCCAUACAGGGUUCAGACAGUUCAAGCAAGGUAUUAGCAUACAUUAAUAAGAUUGGCAUUGGUAAAAUUGUACAUGUUGAAUGGCUUUGAGGAUUGCUGCUCUUCCUCAAGUAUGUUUGUUGAGUGUGAUAUUGCCAAUGCGUGGUUAACCUUCAGUGCCCAGUCACGCCUUCCUUAUGACAAAUUAAUGCUACGUACCUUUGAUGACACCUCGAAGAGCCGUCCAGAAGUGAUGAGACUUGAAAUCGAGCUUGUAUAAUAAGCAUUGUGUUUACAAGUGUUGUACAGCUGCUCUGGCAACAGCCGAUCCAGGAACACCUAGGAUACUGGUGUGAGGUGUAACUGUUCCGACAACAGCAAGUUACGCAGCAUCGACUGCAAAUGUGUUUUCACACAGCUGGCACACGAGCACCCCCGUAUGUAAGUGCAGCAGCUGAUACAGGAGCACCACGCGUUGAAAUGCAGAAGCUGGUUCAGGGGCACCAUCUGUUCUAGUCAGGAUGAAUUUCUCGACGUGUUCUGCAUUGUGACAGUAGUAAUUAGAUCUUCACUUCUUCACGUAGUUAGUUCUUCAUUGGCUUAGGUGGUGGACAGCUGAUCAGCCACAGGAAAUAUAAAGCACCACUGGCUGAAUGCAAACAUUCGCUCACAAAACGAGAAUACAGUCGUAUAAAACAUUCCACUGAUGUGAAUUGACUCAUUCCUCACUGUGCUUGUCAUUCGGUGGGAUCCCCAUUACCAAGCCUCCAAGGUUGCCUCAGAAGCAAUAAAUAUGUAUUGUGUAUAUAUAUUUUAGAUAUAAAUGUAUUUAUCACUGCCACGCUAAACACAAAGUACCAUUCUAGAGUCUAAUUAUGUGAGCUCUUGAGUUAUUCAAAAGAACCAAUGAGCUGCAGACACUGCUUCUAAGCAUUUCAAAUGCAUAGCAUGAAUGAGUAUGCAUCGAAAAAGCAGAAAAUUCACUUCUAUUUGUAACUCUCACACUAAGCUUGCUUUCGUCAGCAAGAAAAGACUCGAUUUUAUAAUCACGAAAGCUUUUUGUAUUUAUAUUCAAUACGACCUGUAAUGGCUGCAAUGUUUAGUCAAUAAAAUUUGGAAAGUUGAUGCAAAUACUGGGCAUUUUGUAGCACGUAUUGCUCACGUGUAAGGUAGAGAACUACUCGUGCAAGUCAAUUCCUUAUAUACGACGUUUCGCUCUACCCAGACCGAAACCCCGUCUAUAAGUUUGUACUGCACCAACAAUCCUUCUACCGCAGUGUCAUGCCAAGACCCACAAGUCCUUUGUGGAUACACUACAUACACACUGUGUCUACUACACUGUGUAGGCAUACACUGUGUGUUCUACUCUGUGUGUACUACAUUGUAGGCUUAUAAUGUGUCUGUACUACACUGUAGACAUUAUGACUGUACUACACUGUAGACAUACACUGUGUACUACACUAGGCUUACACUGUGUCUGUACUACACCGUAGACAUACACAGUGUCUUUACUACACUACAGGCAUACACUGUGUCUGCUCAGUGUCUGCACUACACUCUGCCUUGUCUCUCCUGCUCUCUACCACAAAUGCAUCAGCAGUUAUUUCACAACUCUGUCGCGGGGCCUAGUGCCCAGUUCACUUUAUAUGUGAUAAAAUUUAGUUUAUGUUAGACCCGAAUGGUGUAAUGCCGACCAUGGUGAAGAGAAGCCACGCGAUACAGAGCAAGCUUUUGUUGGGGAAAUGUUUGGCCUUGUAUGAAGGUUUAUCAAGUCCUGACUUGAUGCAGCUCUACAUUAAGCGAAACGUUGACCCAGCAAAGAGCUUCUCCGGUAAUCUGUGACUGUGUCUUCGUAGUUUUUGUUAUUGGUAAUAUAGAGGAGACGUGGUGUACCACACUGAAGUUAGCUUUCUGUAUCACAGUGGUAGACUCCUUACUGAUAUGUACUCAAUAAGCUAGCAACCAAAUGUCUUGUAAAAAUCAGCUUUAUAUAUAUAUAUAUGAGAUACGGAUUUUAUAAAACACCUUAAGGAUCCCCUCCCUUCCUUGCAUUUGUCUUUCAUAUUGUCAAGACUAUAUUAAUUCCAUAGAUUUUAUACCACAAUUUAGGUUUAUAAAAUAUAUAUAUUGAAAAGUAGUAUGUAAUAUAUUGAGAAAUUAUGUCUUUAGAAUAGAUAGCGCUGUCAAAACAAGAGGGAUUUCUUGGUAUAUAUGAAAAGAGUAAAUAAAGGCCACAACACAGUAUGUUUGACAUUUGUUGUUAUAAUAGUUGACAUAUAAGGGUUAAGAUAACCAGAACGCGGUAUAACUAGCACAUUGAUCUUAGGAGGUCACCACAUUAUAUGGCCAGAGGUAUACACACAAGUAUAUAUGUAUAUAUAUAUAUAUAUAUAUAUAUAUAUAUAUAUAUAUAUAUAUUUAU